AUAGUAAACAAUGCUGGUCCGUGGCCCCAGGCCCUUGCAGUGGGGGGGUGGGGGGAAGGUGGGGGCUAGAAGCCCGGGGGCUUAAAGACAGCCCGGGAGAGACAGCGCUCAGCUCGAGGAAGGAGGCGGCUCCAGGACCCCAGACAGAGGCCCCGCAGAGAUGGAGCAGAAGGCGGGGAAGCCCUCUGAGGACGGGGCCACUGUCCCCCCAGCCGCGGAGGCCCCGGAGGCCGCGGGAGGCGGCGGCUCUGUGGAGGAGGCGGCCGCAGGCCCCGCCGAGAGCGCCGCCAGAGCGGGCGAGCAGGAGCGGGCCCCGGCCGAGGACGGCGUUCCCGCUGAAUGCCAGGCAGACGGGCUGGGUGAGGUCAAGGCGGAAUCCCAAGGGGAGGCUGGCCUUCAGCAGGAAGACAGCGGGCAGGGAGAGACCACCGCGGCCCCUGGGAAGACCGACAGGAGAGACCAGACCCACUCUGAGCCCGCGGGGGCGGAGAGAGAAGGGGAGACCGCGUCGGCCUCUGAGAAGCCGAGGGCUGACGAGAAAGAGGCCAGGCCUGGGUCUAGGGAGAGCGUCGACGCGAGCGGAGAGGCCCAGGCCGAGCUGAAGCAGGCUUCCGCGGCGCAGGAGGCCGAGGCUGGAGGCAGGGAGGCCGAAGGGAAGGGCGAGGCCGCCGCGGCCCCUCAGGAGGCGGGCGGCAAGGCGGAGAAGCCCCAGGCUGCAGCCCAGGAGGAAGCCGGCGCUCCAGCGGCCCAGCCGGACUCUCCGAAGAAGGCCGCCGGGGCGGAGGAGGCCACGCCCGAGCCACAGGAGGAGGAGGCGACGGAGGGGGUGGAGCCGGGCGGCCCUGCUGACGAGCAGGACGAGGGUGCAGGGGCCGAGGCCGAGGACGGGGCGGGGGGGCCUCCCAGCUCCCCGGAGGUAUGGCCCGAGAGCCCCACGGAGGAGGGCGGCAGCACCAGCCCAGAGGGGCUGAGCCCAGACACCGCGGCUUCUGAAGAGCCAGGUCCUUCAGCCAGCAGUGACUCUUCGCCCAGUGAUGUGCCCCAGAGCCCCACGGAGGCCCCUCCGCCAGAGGAGAAGAAGAAGGAGAAGGCACCAGAGCGCAGGGUGUCCGCCCCUACCCGGCCCCGGGGACCCCGAGCUCAGAACCGCAAGGCCAUCGUGGACAAGUUUGGAGGGGCGGCCGCGGGCCCCACGGCACUGUUCCGGAACACCAAGGCGGCCGGCGCGGCGGUGGGUGGCGUUCGCAACAUGCUGCUGGAGUGGUGCCGCGCCAUGACCAGGAACUACGAGCACGUGGACAUCCAGAACUUCUCCUCGAGCUGGGGCAGCGGCAUGGCCUUCUGCGCGCUCAUCCACAAGUUCUUCCCCGACGCCUUCGACUACGCGGCGCUGGACCCCGCGCAGCGCCGCCACAACUUCACGCUGGCCUUCUCCACCGCAGAGAAACUGGCCGACUGCGCCCAGCUGCUGGAGGUGGACGACAUGGUGCGGCUGGCGGUGCCCGACUCCAAGUGCGUCUACACCUACCUCCAGGAGCUGUACCGCAGCCUUGUGCAGAAGGGGCUGGUCAAGACCAAGAAGAAAUGAGGGACUGGCCAGUGCUGGCCGGGAGGCGCCCUUCAGCUCCACGGAGGCGGCGGGGCUGGGCAGGCGGCUCCAGUCUUAACUGCAUUAAAGGCUGUUUUGUAAAAUCC